UCAAUGUCCAAAGGAGCAUAAAAAGGAACAUCAAGCCAGUCGAAACGAAUUAUCGCAUAAAAGGAGAAAGGGAUUGUUUCAAUGCUAGUGAUUAGCCUUAUUUUUUCUUUUUCUUUUAGAAAAGUUCUAAACAUUUACAGAGUAUCGGCAAGUGGAACGGACAAGACGAAAGUGACGUUUUGUACGGACGUGGAUAAAUCUGUAAUAGUACAUAACUUCGAGAAGAGGGGAUGGGUUCAAGUUGGCCCGGAGGAUGAUUGGAAUUUCUAUUGGGCGGUCACUCAAUCAUGCAGAAACAUAUUCAGCGUGGAAACCGGAUAUAGAAUGGACGACAAACAACUGAUCAAUCAUUUCCCAAAUCAUUACGAACUAACACGAAAGGAUCUAUUGGUAAAAAAUAUAAAACGCUACCGGAAGGAAUUGGAACGGGAAGGAAAUCCUCUGGCAGAAAGAGGGGAUGGCCCAGGAAAAUAUCUUUAUCUCGAUUUCAUACCUGUCACGUUCGUCUUACCGGCAGAAUAUCGGAAGUCACCACAAAGCACAUGGAUCAUGAAACCGUGCGGCAAAUCACAGGGUACUGGAAUAUUUCUAAUCAAUAAAUUGAGCAAACUUAAGAAAUGGUCUCGAGAAGCAAAAAACCCAUUUAAUCCAAAUUUAACGAAAGAGUCAUAUGUGAUAUCUAGGUACAUCGACAACCCGCUUUUAAUAGGAGGAAAAAAAUUCGAUCUCCGUUUAUACGUCCUCAUUACCUCUUUUCGGCCAUUGAAAGCGUAUCUAUUCAAACUAGGAUUUUGUCGAUUUUGUACAGUCAAGUACGACACUAGUAUUCAAGAAUUAGACAACAUGUAUGCCCAUCUUACGAACGUAUCUGUGCAAAAGCAUGGUGAAGAGUAUAACAGCAAGCAUGGUGGUAAAUUGAGUGUUCAUAAUUUGAGAUUGUACUUGGAGAGCACGCGCGGGAAAGCGGUCACGGAAAAGCUGUUCGCGAACAUCAUUUGGUGUAUUAUACAUUCUUUGAAAGCUGUCGCCCCCGUUAUGGCGAACGAUCGCCACUGCUUCGAGUGCUAUGGUUACGAUAUCAUCAUUGACAAUGAUCUAAAACCGUGGCUCAUAGAGGUGAACGCAUCUCCGUCACUGACCUCCACCACAGUGAACGAUCGAAUCUUAAAAUACAAAUUAAUCGACAACAUAAUUUCAAUCGUCGUACCACCCGACGGUGUACCAGACGUGAAAUGGAACAAAUGCCCACCACCGGAAGCACUGGGCAAUUUUGAGCUUCUCUUGGACGAAGAACUCGUCGCUCAAGAGGAGAAAGAAUAUUCAUCUGGGAAGUAUCGAAGUUCUUCGAGCAAAUGGAAAUAAAUAGUCUGCUAUCUCUGGAUAAUGAUAAAAAGGAUAUUGCAGAAGCAAACAAUAGUAAACGAUAUUUUGUAUAUAACAUUAUUUUAUAAG